AUGUCCAAACUCAAGGUGCUCCUCAGCAAAAUUGCUGUGCAUGAAGAAGAAGGUCUCACCAAUGCCCAGCUCAUGUUGACCAAUGAUGAUUUGCGCCCAGUUAUCCCCGAGCGUCGAGAAUGGAAAUGGCUCAAUUACAUUGCUUUUUGGAUUGCCGACUCAUUGAACAUCAAUACGUGGAUGAUCUCUUCCUCUAUGAUUAUUGGUGGCCUGUCAUGGUGGCAAGCUUGGAUUUGUGUCUGGGUUGGAUAUUUCAUUGCUGCAGUCUUUGUGUGUCUGACUGGUCGCAUCGGUGCUGUAUAUCACAUUUCUUUCCCAGUGGUAUCUCGCGCUUCAUUUGGAAUCUGGGGUUCAUUUUGGCCCGUCAUCAAUCGUGUUGUCAUGGCCAUUAUCUGGUAUGGAGUCCAGAGUUACAUUGGAGGCGAAUGUGUGACUGUCAUGAUCGAAGCCAUUUGGCCGAGCUACAAGAACCUUCCCAAUGGACUUUCCGCCAGUGCAGGCGUCACCACGAAGGACUUUGUCAGUUUCUUCCUCUUCUGGUUGUGUUCCCUUCCAGCUCUGUGGUUCCCUGUACAAAAGGUGCGCCAUCUGUUCACUGCCAAGGCCAUCUAUUCGCCAAUUGCCGCCAUCGCCUUUUUUGCAUGGGCGAUCUCCCGCGCCCACGGCAUUGGCCCGAUAAUCCACCAGCCCAACACCGUCCAUGGAAGCGACCUCGGAUGGGCCAUGGUCAAGGGAAUCAUGUCCUGUAUUGGCAACUUUGCCGCUCUGAUCAUGAACAACCCGGAUUUUUCUCGAUUUGCUCGGACUCCUAAGGAUGCCUGGUGGUCUCAGCUCUUCACAAUUCCAGUCGGCUUCGGGAUUACUUCCUUCAUCGGCAUUAUCGUCUCUUCAUCUGCAACCGUGUUGUACAAGGAGACCAUCUGGAGUCCUCUGGAUCUUCUUGGCAUGUUCCUAGAAGGAGCAAGCUCAGGUCAACGCUUUGGUAUCUUCAUCAUUGCUCUCGGCUUCGUCUUGGCCCAAUUAGGAACGAAUAUUGCGGCCAAUAGUAUAAGCGCUGGCACCGAUCUCACUGCCUUACUUCCAGCGUACAUGAGCAUUAGGCGGGGCAGCUAUCUCUGUGCAAUCAUUGCCAUUGCGAUUUGCCCAUGGAAUCUGGCCUCUUCAUCGAGCACAUUCACCACAUAUCUCUCCGCGUAUUCUCUGUUCCUCUCUGCGAUUGCAGGAGUCAUGCUUGCAGAUUAUUACUUCGUGCGCAAGGGUUACCUUGAUGUGAAAGCACUGUACAGUGCCCGCAAGGAAGACCCAUACUUUUACACAUAUGGCUUCUCUUGGCGCGCAUACGCCUCCUACCUUUCCGGAAUCAUGAUCAACGUCGUAGGCUUUGCAGGCCAGGUUGGCACGAAAGUCCCCAUUGGCGCGGAAUACAUCUACAACAUCAACUACUUUACAGGCUGUAUCGUCUCUGGUGGCAUGUACAUGCUCCUCACACACUUCUUCCCCAUCCCUGCUACAAGUGACCACUGGAAUGAAGUCGAUAUUGACCUUGAUGGAGAGUUCUCUGUUGCCUAUGGACAGGAUAUCAGUGAUGGAGAGCAGGUCGGUGAAGAUGAGUCGAAUGACCAGAAGGGUCUUAAUUCCUUGGCAAAGAAGCUCUCGGUCUAG